AAGCGAUAUUAAAAAAUUCUCAAGCCGGAUCUGUCCAAAAGACGCGCACACUCCUGUAAUUUAUAGAAACUUUUAGCUCUGGGUGUCCACGUAUUCUAUUCAGAAGUUCAGUUUGAAAUUCCAACGUCGAGUGUAGUCUUCCUCUUAGUGAAUUUUAUUAAGAAUUUCAUCAUGAGUGUUAUUCAAUUGGACACCGAGGAUAGAUUAGAAUACAAUUUCUUCCCAAACAACACUGGAUUUGUACAGUUUCGUGUAAGAGCUGCCAAUGAUGCUCAUUUGGCUCUUACUACACAGGCCGCUGAAUGCGACCCAAUGUAUGAAAUUUUUAUCGGCGGCUGGGGUAACUCCAAAUCAAUUAUUCGAAAAAAUAGAACCAAACCAGAUGUCGCUGAGGUACCCACGCCAGGAAUUUUGAACCCAAAUGAAUUUCGUGGAUUUUGGAUCAGAUGGCAAAACGGUAACAUUGCUGUUGGAAGGGAAAAUGAACAAGCACCAUUCCUGUCAUGGAAUGACUAUGCACCCAUCAAUAUUGAAUAUGUAGGAGUCUGUACCGGCUGGGGUGCUAAUGGCUCUUGGAUAAUUGAACCACCCAGAGGAGGUGGCGGCUAUGGUGGAACUCCUCAAAAUUACACAGCACCUCCGACCAACUUUUCAUCUGUAUGCUGGGCUCCAGGUAGAUCAGGUCAAAUACCUCCAAGAGCUUACGCUGGUGGUGAAGAUAAUGGCGAACCUUUAUUCGUUAUCAGAGCUCAAUACAAUGGAGCUCUUAUCCCAGGCAAACUUGUUCAAAGUCAUGGUUGCGGGUACGUCCCAUGGGGAGGAAAUGAGAAUUCCGUUCAAGAAUACGAAGUUUUAUGCGAUUUCCCUGGACGAUGGGUCGCCACAUCUCGAGGAAACAUCCCUCCAAAUGCUCUAACAGCUGGACAAAGUGAAGAUGGUGAACCAUUAUAUGUAGGUCGUGUUGUCCAUGAUGGCUCCUUGACUGUCGGAAAAGUACAACCAAGUCAUGGAGUAUGCUACAUACCAUAUGGGGGUCAGGAACUGUCUUUCCCCGACUAUGAAAUUCUGGUACAAUAAAUGAAAAGAUGUUAUUGAAUCUUGAGACAUGCUGCCUAGAAUAACCAUCCAUAUUUAAAAAAAUAUAUAUCUAAUAAUUAAGCGAGCGAGUUAAGCAUAAUAUGAAAAGAAAUAUGGCUUCUAGAGGUGCCUUUAUUAUUGUUAGAGAUUGUGUUUUUACUUUACUCAUUUAUUCAGUUACAUGUUUAUUUAUUAAAUUCUGAGUAUCGAAUAUGAUUUUAUAUGAAUAUGCACAAUUGUCUUCAUUUAUAUUGUAAUACAUAUUUUAUUGAGGUA